AUGGAAGGUCUGCAUGCUCUUUUCUUUUCUUUUUUUUUUCUUUUUCUUUUUUACCCUGGGGUCAUUCGCUUAGGUGGCGUGGAGGCGGUGGACGCCAAGAUAACGGCCGCUAAAACGGGCCGGGCCCGCCCUCCGGUUUGCCCAGAAUCUAGGCGCCAACCUGAACCCGAUUGUCUGGAUACGCCUCGGGCGCGCAGCCAUAAAGCACAGCCCGUCCUGUCGAUACCGAGCUGUUCGUCGGCUGAUGCAGACGAUACCCACUGA